GUUCUAUCACGUGAACUGUACGUGGCAAAAGCAGCAUUUUUAAAACCCAUUUUUGUUCGCCCGCUAGAGGGCUUGUACCUAACUAGCAGAAAACUAUGGUUAGCUUCAAGUUGAUGCUUCUGGUGUUAACCGGCCAGUUGGUUUAUGGCUCUAGUAAGAACCAGGUUGACCAUUACAAAGCCCUCUCCAUUGCGGCAACAAGAUUCUCCCAGAAACUUUAUCAGCACGUGGCACUAAAUACACCAAAUAUUGUCUACUCUCCAAUCAGCAUUCACGCGAUUUUGACUAUGACAUCAUUGGGAGCCAAAGGAAAAACUAAGCAUGAAAUAUUGAGGACUCUUGGAAUUAAGUCUUCAGAAAAUGUUUCUUCUUUGUACUCAGAAUUCUACGAAGGGAUAAAGUCUUUGCGCAGUGCUGACAUUAUAUUGGCUAACGCCAUGUUUUCCAAACCUGUUGGAAAAAUCAAGUCAUCAUUCUCUGAAGAAGUUAAGACCAAAUUUUGCGCCAUAACAGAGAGUUUUGACGUACUCGCCUCUGAAGGACCCGAGGAAGAAAUCAACAACUACAUUGCUGAAGCCAAGAAAAACAAGAUUGAAGACGCUUCGCCACAAGCGGGAACUUCUCUGGACUUAGUCAACAUAAUCAUCUUUCGCGGAACCUGGGCACAUCAAUUCGGUAAAGCGAAGAAACGUCCAUUCUUCAAACAGGGCAACAACAAAUCAAAAAAGCCUUUUAAGACUGAAAUGUUGAGCGGAAAAAUGAGAAUACUUUACGAGAGCGACGAACCCAAUCAAUUUGACGUGGCCCAGCUCGCAUACAAGGGAGGAAGGUUUGGUUUGUACAUAGCCCUGCCCCAGAAGGUGGACGGUAUCGCAAGUCUUGAAAAACAUCUGUCUGAUCCGCAUAACAUCAACCGCCUUUUCGCCAACCUGACCGCCAUCGAUGCUGAGGUGAAGAUUCCGAAGUUCAAAACUGAGACAACGCUGGACUUGAUAAAACCUCUCAAAGAACUUGGUAUAGUCAAGGCUUUUGGUCCCGGCGCUGAAUUUCCUCGCAUCACCUCAGACAAAGCCCACAUCAGCCGAGUGAAGCACCAGGUUAGAUUCGACGUCUCAGAGACAGGGACUAUAGCGGAAGUCGAUCUAGAAUCUAUCAAAGAACCAAAAAAAGACUCUACAAAACCAAAAGUCAGAUUUGUCGCGGAUCAUCCAUUCCUGUAUUUCCUCAGGGAUAAAGAAACCGGACUAAUUCUGCUCCAGGGAACAUUUUCCGGCUAGGAAGCUCGAAAUAAAACUUUAGAUGAACUGAGGAAGAUUUUUUCAUGUUUAUUUAUCUAAGUAAAGCACUAUCAACUGAAAUGUCUGUCAGUUCAUACUUACAUACAGUCAAUGCAUUGUAAAUACAUUUAAAAGUUCUUCAAAGGAUUACUAAAGAUUGCUGAUUGUAAUUCCCCAUGUUGCUUUAAAAACGUUUACAAACUGAAAGUUUCUUUUCUCUAAGCCUCUGGUUCUGUACAGCCAAUCAAUGCUUGUCUUACGAAAGUGUAACUCUGGGUUGUAUUGUAGGCUUGAUGAAAAUAAAUAGAUAUGUAGCAUUAAACUUAAGCAAAAAAAUAUUUUUAAGUUCUCUGCAUUUGCAAUUUUUAUAUAAUUAAAUCUUAAAACUUGAAAUUUAAAAAAAAAUUCAAGCUGACAAGUUGUUUUAAUCAAUUUUAACGUCCUUUUAACUCAAAAUUGAC